UUCUCCACUUAUUUACGAUCCUAGCCCUCACAUCUUCCGUACAGUAGAGACUAGAGAGGCGAUCAACAUGGCUUCUUUCCCCCCAAACCCCCGCUCCGUCGAAGACAUCUUCAAAAACUUCGCCGCUCGCCGCUCCGCCGUUCUCUACGCCCUCACUCGCGAUGUCGACGACUUUUUCUCGCAGUGCGAUCCAGAUAAAGAUAAUUUGUGCCUGUACGGUCAUCCGGACGAGAGGUGGGAAGUCACAUUGCCGGCGGAGGAUGUUCCGCCGGAGAUCCCGGAACCGGUGCUAGGCAUCAAUUUUGCGAGGGACGGGAUGGAGAAGAGAGAUUGGCUGUCGUUGGUGGCUAUGCACACUGAUUCUUGGCUGCUCGCCGUGGCUUUCUACUUCGGUGCUCAGCUUAAUCGAAACGAAAGGAACCGUUUGUUUUCCAUGAUAAAUGAACUGCCUACAAUCUAUGAAAUUGCAUCGGAAAGAAAGCCCUCAAGGGAAAGACCAAUCGUCAAUGUUGGUAAUAAAUCCAUGACAAAUGCAAAGAAAGACAAUCAAGUCCUAGGAAAUCCAAGGAUGCACGAGAACUAUGAAGAAGAUGAAAACGAGGAUGAAGAUGAAGGCGAAGACGAAGAUGAUGAAAGUAAUACUAUUUGCGGGAGCUGUGGAGGAAAUUACAACGAGAGUGAGUUCUGGAUUGCCUGUGAUAUAUGCGAGAGGUGGUUCCAUGGCAAGUGUGUUAAAAUAACACCGGCAAAGGCACAGUCUAUCAAGACAUACAAGUGCCCAUAUUGCAGCCACAAGGCCCACAAAAAGGUUAAGGGUUAAGCAGUAGUGUGGGGGUAAGGAUACAGCCAGCUUUAGCAAAUAUAUACUAUCAUGUUAGCGAGUUUCGGAAACAAAAUACUGCAGUUGUUAGAGGUCCUUUUAACUUCAAUCUUUAAUUGAUUCCUUUCUAUUACACAGAAUCAACUUAGAAUUCUCUGUUCUUUUAGUUGGGGUAUAGUUUUGAAAAUGUUUCACAAUUUGAGAAAAAUACAGGUUUCAUAUUAGUGUUUUAA